AUGAAGUUCUGGUCUUUAUAUGUCCUUUUAGUUUUUUUUAUAAAUUCAGUGAAAAUACCUCGAGUCUAUUCUAAACGAAAGAAGCCGACAAAAAUUGAAAUAGAGGAAGUGUCUGGGGUUCUUUCAAGUGACCUAUAUGGUAGUUCUCAAUCACUGGAUUUGAGUCAAACUCUAUAUGGAUCUUCUCUAUUAACUGAUAAUUACGAAAUUAGCAAUUCAGAAUCCUCUGCUCGUGUAAUUGAUUUGAAAAAUGUGGAGUCUAUUUCCCCUACAAAUGAUAUUUUCCCACUUAGAAACAAAGAGAUAAAAAACUUAUAUAUGAAAUCAAUAAAUGAAAAAAAGGUAUAUGAAAUUAGGAACUUAAAUAAAGAUAUUGCUGAAAACUAUCCAAAUUCUAGUAUCUUAUCACGAAAUAAAAACGGAGAAAUUAUUUCUGAUAUUGAUAUCUCGAUAGUAAUAAGUAAACUUGAACAAAUUAAGAACAAAGAUCUUCCAUCAAUAGAAGAAGAAGAACUCAAAUCCGAAAAAGUUCGUGACCUGAGUCAACUGGAUGAUUCAAGAUUCUUAUCACAAGAAGUUUUAGACCAUUUUAACGAUGUUUUUGGAGCUUUUUUAUCAAUUCCAAAAGAAACAAAAGCUGAUAUAUUACUUCAUAUACAUAAGAUAUUGGAAGAAUCUACACAAUCACUCUCAAAUUUACCUGAAAUUUUUUAUGGAAAUGGUAUCCAAGUUUUAUUACAGCCUUUUAGUGACCUUUCAAUCAACCCCUCAGAAAUACUCAAAAUAUAUUCUUCACUUUUCGAAGAAAAUUCUGAUAAUUUUAUUAUUUUUCUUGAUUUAAUUAAUUAUAUAUUGACUUCCACCAUAUCAUCUUCAAAAAUUACUUCUCUAGCUGUCUCAAGAUAUCUCAAGGAAUCUGAUUCAAAUAAUUCAAAGUCAAAAAACUUAUUCAAACAAAAUUCUUCAAAUUUCUGGUAUAACACAAUAUGUCAAACAAUCCAAAAUAUUGAAUUAUUAGCUGUUGUAUACCCUUUCUUAAUUCCUCCUUCCUACAAAAAAGUUGCAACUCCUGUAGAAGUAAUACAUACUCCAAAAACCCCAACACUUGGAGGUUUCAAAGAAUAUCUCGAAAAAGGUGAGGAAAAAAAGAUUGAAAUGAUUGAGACUAGUAAUACGUUAACCCAAGAAUUGAUAUUUGGUGGUUGGAAGGAAUCAAUAUAUUCUAUGGGACAUCAAAUUACUUCCGAUUUUUUUAAUACGAAAUCACUUUGUAUUAAAUUUGGUUUGAUAAACUCCAAAAAAGAAAACAUCGAAGAUGUAAACGAAUCUUAUCAGAUCAGGAAAUUUAAGGGGUUAUUCAAAGAUUUUAAAAAUGAUGAGGAACUUGAAAAACACGAUAAAAUAAACUAUUUGAAUUCUAUCGGUCUUCAAAGCUCAAGUAUAAAACUUUCAACUGACGAAAGACAAUCAAUUAUUACAACAAGUACAAAUUAUCUUCUUGAAAUUGCCAAUAUUCUCUCAGAAGUUGAUCUUCUAACAAAAUGUUACUCUUUUAUCUCAAAUUCAAAAAGUAUUGAAAAUAAGAAUACUGUUCUGCAAAUGGAUCCUGAACUCGGAAGUGUUCUAAGAAACCCUUAUGCAAUAGAAAAAAUACCUUUAGAUAGAUGGAAAUAUAUUGUUACUUUAAUUCCUUCAGAAUUCAAGAAAUCUUGUACCAUUGCACUUCAUAGCCAAUAUAUUGAAUGUUAUAAUAAAUACAAACAAUUACAUUACACUCUUCAACAACCAACAGUAGUAGGAAAGAUCAUUUCGAAAUUACAAGAAUCUUCGGAUGUUAUUGGCGAAAAUGCUGUUAAAACAUUAACAACCAGUUUUUCUUGGAAAUCUUUGUAUCAAGCUGAUGCAACUUUCACAUAUUAUUUUUCUAUUUUGGAUCUUAAUAGAUUGAUUGGAUUUAAUCAAAUUAUUAUUAAUGUAGUUUCUAGAUACGAACCUAUUAAAGACAUUUACUCAUUACCUUCUAAAGAAACAAAGAAAACUAAGGCUCUUAAAUUUUGGAAUACAGUUAAAGGAACCUGGAUAUUCCGUAUUGCAACCUUUGGUUUAUUCUCUUUUAUAGGAUACAUUGAUAAAGGUUAUACAGUAGAAAAGUGUUUAUACAUUCCGAAAGCAAGAAAGGGAGAACCUGAACCAACUAUAAUUUGGUAA